AACAAGUGAAAUAAUGGGGAAGCGUGCAGUGGGAAUGCCUGGAGAAAGGCACAAAACCCUAUUGAGAGCUCUUGCCGCUUAUAGCGUAACCGAGCCCACCGUGGCUAUUUAAAGGCAGGCUGUGCGCCUUCAGCACCACUUCGCUGUCCACCGUCUCCAGGAGCGCACACUGACGCAACGACGCAUCGCGACUCCAACUUCAGCCACGCAGAGCAACAAGUUUGCAAACAUGCCGAGGUCUUUUCUCGUGGAUUCUUUGAUUUUGAGGGAGGCCAACGAGAAGGGGAACGAGAACAACCCACCUCUGUUCCCGUACGCCGUGCACUCGCCGCACCACCCGCACGCGCUGCCGGGCUCCUGCCAUUCCAGGAAAGCCGGGCUGCUGUGCUUCUGCCCGCUGUGCAUGGCCGCGUCCCAGCUCCAUCCCUCUCCACCAGCGCUGCCACUCCUUAAAGCGUCUUUUCCUCCGUUCAGCUCACAGUACUGCCACUCUGCUCUGUCCAGGCAGCAUUCUGCCUCCAACAGCGUGAACCUGAGCCACGGACCGGGCAUUUACCAGGCUGCGUACUCGGUUCCAGACCCGCGGCAGUUCCACUGCAUCUCCAUCGAAAGCAGCAACGGAAAACUUCAGAGCAGCAAGCGCAUGCGCACCGCCUUCACCAGCACGCAACUUUUGGAGCUGGAGCGGGAAUUCACCUCCAACAUGUACCUAUCCAGACUGAGGCGCAUCGAGAUCGCCACGUACCUGAACUUGUCAGAGAAACAGGUGAAGAUCUGGUUCCAGAACCGCAGAGUGAAGCACAAAAAGGAGGGCAAGAGCAGCGGCCAAAGGACUGGAUCACACAGCUGCAAAUGCUCGUCCCUGUCGGCCACCAGGUGCUCGGAGGAGGAGGACGACGACAUGCCUGUGUCUCCCUCCUCAUCCGAAAAGGAGGACGUGGACUUGUCCGUUUCCCCGUGAACUGUCCCCUGAACUCUUGUAAAUGCUGCCAAAUAACGAGAAAGACGUGACUGUUCCACUUGUGUUCGGUCGUUUGUACAUAAACAGAUAUUUAAUCAGAGAGCUUCUCUGAGUUAUUGUAUAGCUGUAUACACGUUGUACGUUUUUUAUGUAGUUUUUUUUUCUGAAAACUGUUCACUGUUGUUGCCAAUCCGUUGAGCAUCUUUGUAAAGACAAACCCCUAAAACAAUGUUCGGUAGUAUUUUGGGGGGGGAAUAUUUUGUACUUCACCUUAAAUGUGACCGAGACACUUCUGAAAUUAUAUCUUCAGUGUAAUUGGAGAAAUAGCUAAUUUAUUUAUUUAAGAUGUUGAGGCUUAAAUAAAAUUAUUUCUGAGUCGUA